AGGAAACUAUAAACGCGCCGAUAUCGUCUCUCAUGGCUGUGGAUGUUAUUAUUCUUCAAGUGCGUUAAUUAUGGACAAAAUUCUGGUGAGAUGCUUAUGCAUUUUGACUCUCAUUGUCAUCAGCAUCAUCGAAUUCUCUGGUGCCGUCGGAGGAUUGACGAAGUCGGCGAAGGUUACGAUCGAACCAAGUUACUUGUCUUUGCUGUUGGGAUCUACGGGAUCUCUAAAAAUUCGUGUUGUGUCAAACUUUACUGGAACAAUAUCAUGGGCACCAACAGGUGCCAAUGUAGUGGCAGUGUCCCCAACAUCCCUGGUGUACUCAGUCGUCGGAAAAGAAGAAACUGCCACUGUUUCAGUGACUGCCAUUGGACCCGGAGAAACGGGCCUCGUUUUCGACCCCUCGGGCCUCUUGCCACGUCGUAUGGAAGACGUCGCAGUGUCGGUGGUUGUGUACAAGUCUAGUGCAGUGUCGAUUCUGGCUCAGGUCGUUGGCUGGGUCUACUUUCUAGCCUGGUCCAUCUCGUUCUAUCCCCAAAUUUAUUGCAAUUGGCGACGCAAGAGCGUCGUCGGGCUGAGUCUCGAUUUUGUCAGCUUGAACUUGCUGGGGUUCUUGUGCUAUACCGUCUUCAACAUUGCUAUGCUCUACGUGGGCUCUGUGAGGGAGGAGUUCUUGAGCGAGAAUCCUGGAAGCAUCGUACAGGUGGAUGUGAACGACGUGGCGUUUGCUUCGCACGCACUCCUGGCCUGUCUCGUCACCAGCAUACAAUGCAUGGUUUACGAGCGGGGAAAUCAGAGAAUUUCCGCUCUAGCGCUGAUCCUGCUUUCGAUGCUGGUCACAUUCGCGGCUGUUGUGACGAUCAUGGCCAUUGCUGCCCUGUUCUCGUGGCUCAUGUACGUGGUCCUCUUGUCGUACGUCAAGCUGAUCAUCACGUGCAUCAAGUACAUCCCGCAAGCCGUCAUGAACUUCAAGAGGAAAAGCACCGCCGGCUGGAGUAUCGGGAACAUUCUGCUGGAUUUGACUGGUGGGCUGUUUAGCUUCCUCCAGAUGGUGCUGAUGUCGUAUAAUAGAGAUGCUUGGGCCUCAAUCUGGGGCAACCCCACCAAACUGGGUUUGAGUUUCCUGUCGAUAGCGUUUGAUUUCAUCUUCAUGUUCCAACACUAUGUGCUCUACAGGAACGCCGAAUCCUCGUUCGCAGUUGACGACGAUGUGCAGUACAGUCCGACUAUCGAAGAUGCGCUGUUUGGUCGUUGUAGCCCCGUACGUUCCUAUGGCUCGACUGAACCAACACCAGCUACUUCCACGACGGACAGAACUUCUUCGUAAAUCUGUGUCUGCUAUUUUUGUUUGGUCCGCUUCCGCAUUUUUCUUUUGUAAUUGUUUAUUUUUCUUUUCUACAUUCCGCGAUGAAGGCUGCUGGUUUGGAUUGAGACUCGUAUAGUGAUGAUGAAGUGGAUGCGAAAAUAUGAAAGUUUCAAUUCCCAUGAGUUUGUACAGAAAGUGCUGUUGAUUGUUACAUUUCUUGAAGAGUGAUAUUCGAUUGUUUUCUUGUAUUGUUUUUUUUUUUUUCGUGGCCCGAUUUUGCUGUGAUAAGCCUAUGAUUGACCUAUACCGAGGUUUCCCGCAUGAUUGAAAAAUAUACGCGUUAUUAUUGACUUUUUUGGAGAACAUUAAUACGAAUGAAAAUGAAUGAAAGUACAGUAUAUUGAGAGAAUAA